CCUUAAAAGGACAAUUUUGGCGCGCAUACAAACAAUAUUGAUUGGUGAAUUAUUGGUCCGACCAAAACCGGACCAGCCGGACCGCUUCCUACGGCCUUGUCUAUCGUCAGUCAUUCGGAUAAAUUAUUAUUUGAUUUGGUUGGAUAGAGUGUCAACUUAGAUCGCGGGAAAGUGCAGUCUCCUGGUAAAGUGCACUGUGUGAACAAAACCUAGAGCUAUGUUAUUUAAGUUAGUCUUAAAAGUGCUGUUGUCAUUUCUUAUACUGUCUUAUAGCAGACUAACACGGCUAUACGUACUUUCCGAGUCUUUUAAGGGCGUCCUGUCAUUACAGAACCAAAAGGAUGCAGAAUGCACAUCAGCGACAAUGAUGGAGAAAUGAUGAGGCAUGCAGUGGAACAAGUAACAACUAACAUGAAUCUAAACUAAAUACCAAUGCAGGCUACCGUGUUUAUGUUGUGCAUUACCAAUUAUUAUUUAAAGUAUUUAUAUUAAUAUACCUGCAAUAAAGUAGGUGUGAUAUCAAUAUCUUAUAAUUAGUUUAUAUUGCUGCUAUCAAAGUUUGGAUUUUCAAUCAAAAACGCCAUUUUGUCCUUGUAGGUGAGAAAUGUUGACAUUAUUUGUUUAUAUUACGCUUAACAUUGCCAGGUGAAACGUUCUAAAAAAUGGAAACCUAAUAAUAUUUAUAGAAUACAUCGUUGUAUUUGUUUGAAAAUGAACGUUUUGAUACUAAUGUAUGCAUUUAAUUGUUGUGUGCUAUAUUACUAUGUGUAAUUAGAUAAUUUUCAUUGUCUGUCAUCCAUUGUCAAUAAAAAUACAAUUUCGUCCAAAGGCUAGAAACCCAUUAAUUAUUGUAGAAAUACUUUAGGAGCCUAUGACAGUAUGCUCAAGAUUGCUACGACGUCAUAAAAUAUUUACUAAAUUGUUGCUGAUAGCGGAUUCAGGAUUUUUCGUUAGAAGCUACCAAAACUACCAGAUAAUGUGAAUCAACACCUAUACCUCCGCCCACCAUGGGAGUAUGGUUCUAUCAUGACGCGGAUGUGGUUGAUAACUAAUAUUUUAAAGGUCUUAAAUCAAGGUUUUAAAUAGGCCAACUUCGGGGCAAAUUAUUUCAGUCAUGAAAAAAAAACACGCAUGUUGCCAUUAUUUAAUAGUGGACUAAAGCUUGUUUAUCUCCCCUUUAUCCAUCCCUGAGUUACAUUUCGUUGGUGCAAAUGCCUAGUAUAUAUUUAUUUAUUUAUUUUUAUUUAGGAACACUCACGUCCUACAGCAGAAGCUGUGGCGUUUCGAGGAAGUGUUGCCCCCUAUUGGAAUUCGAAGCAAAAAAAUUACCUUCAAGUAGUUAAAAAUCACCUUAUUUUGCGAGCUAGCUAAUCCUCACUUAAUUAUCGAGCCCCGCCCCCACCAUUCAAAGCUGCAGGCUACCUAUAACAUAGACAAGACAAGUAAAUUGAGUAUGCAAACAAGAUAAAUUAAAUAUUAUGUACACUUUUUGUAGCAAUCAUAUUGGCCUGUUAAAAAAUAAUCGCGUAGCGUGUAUACCAUUUAUCCAAUUCAAGAGUAUGGUAUUGUAUUGUAUUAUUAUACAGUUGAUUCUGAACCCGCUGCUUUGGCGUCUGCUGCCUAUUUAAUUGUCUUCAACUAAUUAUCAAUAUGUAAUACUGAAUGGUUAUUGGUCGUUGUAGUAGCAGAAAUGAAGAUGGUAAUUAUUAUUAUUUUUUCAAUUUCAUGUUCAUCCUUAUAAACAACAGUGAUACAAAAAUCGCCUCUAGGAUAAGAACUCCAGCAGAACUUAAUCAGAUAUAAGUAGAUGCUUACGUAUCAGCAGAUUUUUUUAAAGGAAGUAGUUUUACCAUAAACGCAAUAGACCUGUAGACAGCAAGAAGACUUUACUUGAAAUGAAAACGUCAGGCUGACACUCGACAAUGUCUACUUAUAUGAACGCAACUGAAGUACCUGCGUCUGAUUUAUCAAUUCUUCAACAAAUCAACCUAAAACUUCAAUCCUGUUUUUCGUAUUUCUCGAUAUUUGAUAAUUUCGUCAUAUUACUUACGUUGCUGUACAUAAAACAUUUUCACAACAAACGUUACAUAUUUCUGAUGAGUUUGUCGUUAUCAGAUUUUCUAACUGGAUUUUUACUGGCGUGGACGACACACAAACCAUCCCAGCUUCUUAUCCAAUGUGCCAAUACUACCUCCAUUAUUGCAACUCUGAGCAUCCUUGGUGCAACUCUUGACCGUACCCUGGCUAUCACACAUCCUCUACAUUACGAACGAGUAUCAUCUGCAACGAUGAAUAUAAUUGCAAGUGUUAUUAUUUGGAUUUUCUCUGGUAUUCUAGUUUUGGCAAGUCCUGUGAUUAUCUCAUUCGCUGUCGUCGGUUUCAUCGUCAGUCCAAUUUUAAUAUUUUUUAUAGUGAUAAUCAUCACGCUAUUAAAUAUCUCUAUUUUGAAAUCUCUCUCUCAUUCGUCAAGUUUUAUGAGUGAUGAGAGACGAGAAGAGAACCAGAGAGUUGUUAAUCUUUUAUUAAUUUUAACGGCCACAUUUGUAUUUUGUUGGUUACCGCUCUGCAUAACAUUUCCUCAAGCCGUAUUUUCGUCCGAAACCGAAAUUCAAGCGGUCGAUUGUUUAACAAUUGCGCAAGGAAUUCCAAUGGUGUUGUUGACUCUUCAGGCAGGUUUGAAUCCUUUGAUAUAUUGGUGGCGUUUACCAAGUUUCCACCAAGGAAUGAAGAAACUCUUUCAAGAUUUUUGGAGAAAUGUUCAAAUGAGGAGUGUACGUGUUGAUUACACAGCUCGAUCUCCGACGAUUAGUAAUACUAAUAGUAUCCAGGAUGUUCCAUAGAACGAGUAACAAUAGAACAAUUGAUUACAUUAGGCCUACUUCAUCAUGUAGUUAGUUGUUUAAAGCCCUAACAAUUAUGACAUAAUUAUAUUUGCUAGCGUACAAUACUGUGAGUAUGACUCAAACAAGCCCAUACCAGUACCAGUUAUUAUGGUGAAGAAAGGUAAAGAUAAAACCCUAAUGAGAAUAUCAACACAAAGUAGUAGUCUACUUAAUCUUACCGAAAUAUAAUGUUCUGUGGUAUCUAAAUGAAUUGGAAAUUUGUAGUAACAAUGUUUGAAUAAAUUAUUCUAUUGAUACUUUUUAAAAAUACAACUCUGAAAAAUACAACCAUUUUAUCAUUAGCUGAUGCCAAUUAGCUGUAUCUGUGAAAAAAUGGUAAUAUCCUUAUUAUUUUAAUCCAUCGUAUAUUCUGUUCAACUCAUCAGUUUCACUAGUUGGUUAACUCAAAAAUUAUUGUUCACUACAUAUACAUGAUUGAUUAGAAAGAGAAAAAAAAACCGCAGUCAAUCAAAUAUCAAAGGUUCAUAGACUUUUAAGAUACAAAUUAUAAUAUUUUUUUUGGAAUGACUAUUAUCAUUUUUGAUUACUAAAAAACGUAAUGAAAAAUCA